AUGACCCUACUUCAGCUGCCCUUCCCCGAUAUCUGGAAAUAUGGCAUGUUGGCACUGUCUGUUCUCCUGCUGGUGGUGGCAUUAAUCAUUCUGACUUGCCAACUGAGCAGAUGCCGGAAGUCCAGCAGAUUAUGGGAAGAAAGAAAAUUUGCCAAUGAAGCCCGGAGAAGGAUAUCAGAAGAGCUUGCCUUCGAGGGGGAAAGAUUGCAGACACCUCUUCUUGGCAUUGCUCGAGAAGCACACCUUUCUCAUUUUGUCCAGAUCCAAAGAAUCCAAAAGGAGCUCAAGAAGAUUGGGAUCUGCUUUUCGCCACCAGCUUCAGAAAAUAGCCAUGAAAUGGGCAACUUGAGUAGUGAUGCAGUUGUUUCUGAUGAGUAUCCAGGCAAACUGAAGUUCUCGCUUCUCUACAACAAAGAGCAGCUGGAGCUCCUCUUGACCGUCACAGGAGCCCUGGGCCUACCCAUCCAACAGUGCACCAACACCUUUGUCAAGGUUAGGCUGCUGAGCUGGGCCUCCUCCCAGUCUCCUGAUCUCCAGUAUAUUGUCCACGAAUGGCAGACCCAUGUUGCAAAGAACUCCAGCAGCCCAGACUUUGGGGAUCAGUUUACUUGUACCCUGCAGGAGGCCGAACUGACAACGAGCAGCGUCAAGUUACAGGUUAAACAGUUUGACAGAUAUUCCCGGCAUAUGCCUCUGGGGGAAGUGAGAAUAGCUCUGAAUGCACUUAAUACUUCCAGAAAGAUCGAAUUCUGUGAAGAAUUACAGAAGGCGACAAAGGACACAGUCGGAGAAGUUCUUGUGUCACUGAAGUGUCUUCCGAUCUCUCAGAAGAUAGAGGUUGGGCUACUGAAAGUGAAAACUGCCUUCUUGUACAACAGUCCAGAGAAACGUAUAUAUGCAAGGAUCGAUGUCUUCUGCAAUCUCCAUAAGCAGAAGCAUCAGAAAUCCAAGCCCAAGACCCUCACAUCAAUUACUGUCUUCAAUGAAACGUUCCUGUUCCACCUGCCUCAGCCUAUAGUUUGGGAUUGUGCUCUCCUCAUUUCCAUUUAUGAGCUGCGUCCCAGAAGCAAGCAGCUUGUAGGACAGGCUGUGCUGGGGAAACGAGGACCCAACGAUAUGAAUGACCACUGGCAUCGCAUGGCACAGUCCAUCCAGCACCCUGUAGCUAAGUGGCACCCUUUGCUCAUUUAAAAGGAGGAUUUCGCAGUUAUGUGGAUGUGCCCAAACUUUCCUCCUUAACACUAGGAGCUACUGCAGCAUCCAAACAAGCCCUCUUAAGCAGAAGUGAAUAAUGACUGGUAAAGUUUGGUCAGGGCAGCAGUAGUAGAGGCCACAUGGCUUCUUUCAUGCAAAACGUAUUUCUUUUCAUUCUCACAGGUGUUUCCAUUGA